CGACGCCGAGGGCUUCGCCGGAGGAUCCCCGCCUGCGGCAGCGGCAGCUCGGCCGUCGUCCCGCCGCAGCCUUGGCGCCCCUGGCCCGGUUCCGCGGCGCUGCUCCGGGCUCCGCGUGAGGGGGCAGCGGCCCGGGGAGCCGAUGCGCCUGAGCGGGAGCUGGGCCUCGGCGGUAACAGCGGCGGCAACAAACAACCGCAGCGACCACAGCCCCGUCACGAGUGGGAAGCUUCGCAGCGGCUCCCGGGGCCGCGCCGGUGCCCUCCGGAGGAGACUCUGGGCUCGGGGACGACCCCGCUGGCCAUGCUGAAGCGGUGUUGGCCGCUGGCCGAGGAUCACACAGAACAUACUAAAUCUGAAUCAGCGAGACUGGCUGAUGGUACAGCAAGCAUGAUGAGUAAGCACAGAGAAGCCUGUUCCUUAGCACAUGUGUAAAGGGAAAAAGGUUUAACCAGGUCUCUUGUGUGGUGUUUCCUCACUGAUGGAGAAUUACUUUCAAGCAGAAGCUUACAACCUGGACAAGGUAUUAGAUGAAUUUGAGCAGAACGAAGAUGAAACAGUUUCUUCUACAUUAUUGGAUGCCAAGUGGAAUAAGAGCCUAAAUCCCCCUUCUCAACGACCAGCAUUGAACUCUGCCUUGACCAGUGUGAAUGAGCCUGCAGGUUCUAAUGAGUCACAACCACACCUGAAAGUCUUUUCACUUGCUCAUUCAGCGUCUCUGACUGCAGAGGGAGAGGAUCAUUGUGCUAAUGGACAAGGCUGUAAUUUAAAUCCAGAGAUUGCCACAAUGUGGAUUGAUGAAAAUGCUGCUACAGAAGAUCAGUUAAUUAAGAGAAACUAUAAUCGGGAUGAUCAAUGCAGUGCUGUUGAAGUGGGAGAGAAGAAAUGUGGAAACCUCACUUGUCGGCCAGAUGAAAAAAAUGUUCUUGUUGUAGCUGUCAUGCAUAACUGUGAUAAAAGGACAUUGCAAAGUGAUUUACAGGAUUGUAAUAAUUUUAAUGGUCAAUCCCUCAUGGAUGCUUUUAGUCAGUCACUGGAUAAUGAAAGCCAACAAACUGAUCAAUUUAGUUUUAGUAUGAAUGGGUCCACUGAAAAAGAUACGGACUCAGAGAAACAAAUGGAUCCAUUGAAUAGAGUGAAAACAGAGGAAGAUUCUGUUAACCAUCUACACACUACGUCACCUGAUAGUCUAACCAGUGUCUGUUCCCCUUCACAAUUAAAGGAUGAUGCAAAUGUAGGUAGAGACUCCUGCAUGUCUGCAAUGACAAGUUUAACAAUUGAUUCAGUUAUCUCAUCCCAGGGAACAGAUGGAGGUCCUGCUACUAAAAAACAAGAGAACUAUAAACCAGAGGAGGACCUUCAUGGCAAAAGCAGCUCUCCUAGGACAGUUGUAGGGAAUCCAAAUUUCUUUUCCCACUCAAAUGAGGAUAUUCUAACCAAAAAAGAGCCAGCUGAGGACAGAACAACUGGAGAAUCACUCCAGUCUGGUUUACCUUUGCUUGUCCAACCAGACAUGCCUGAUAGAUCUGCAAGGGAUAAUAAUCAUGAACAGUUAUCAGAUUGCCUUGUGCCUGAUAAAGUUAGGGCUGAUGAAAAUGAAGGCUGUAAACAUGAAAAAACUCUUGGGACUACAGAGUUUCCUAGUGUGACAGAACAUUUCUCCAAAUCUGAGGAAGUGACUAAUUGGAAAUUGACUCAGUUGAAUGAGAUGAAUGAUAGCCAAGGAAAUGAAGAAACUGCAAAAAUUCUGCGGAUUUGUCAGUCUGAGGACACCUGUGAUAGUGGAGGAGAAUGUGUUGGAAUGACAGCCACGUGCCUAGACUUCAAAGGAACUUGCAUGAAUGAAAGUGAAGGAUGUGAUUUCUCCACUGUUACAGAUACACCAGCAGCAAAUUCUCUAACAAAUGGUUGUGAUUCCUAUGGAAUGCAGAGCCCAGUUGUUUCUUUUGUUCCAAAGACUUUACCCUCCAAAGAAGAUUCAGUAACAGAAGAAAAAGAAAUAGAAGAGAGCAAAUCAGAAUGCUACACAAAUAUUUAUGAACAGAGGGGAAAUGAGGUCACAGAUGGGAGUGGAUUACUUUUGAAUAGUACUGGUGACCUAAUGAAGAAAAAUUCUUUGCAUAAUUUCUGUAGUCAAGUUCCAGCAGUGCUUGGGCAAUCUUCUCCUAAGAUUGCAGCAAACUUGCAACCUAUCAGUGUUCCUUUUGGUGGUGCAAGACCCAAGCAACCUUCUAAUCUUAAACUUCAAAUUCCAAAGCCAUUAUCAGACCAUUUACAAAAUGACCUUCCUGCAAGCAGUGGAAAUAAUGUUAAAAACAAGAACAAUAUUCUUGGGAAAGCAAAAUUAGGGGAAAACUCAGCAACCAGUAUAUGCAAUGCAUCUUUGGGAAACAUCUCUAUUGGUGAUACAAAUGGAGAACAUUUAGAAAGUUAUGAGGCUGAAAUCUCCAGUAGACCGUGCCUUGCAUUACCUCCAGAUAGCCCAGAUAAUGAUCUCAGAGCCGGUCAGUUUGGAGUUUCUUCCAGAAAGCCGUUUACCACUCUGGGUGAAGUGGCUCCAGUGUGGGUACCAGAUUCCCAGGCUCCAAAUUGCAUGAAAUGUGAAGCCAGGUUUACAUUCACCAAAAGGAGGCAUCAUUGUAGAGCAUGUGGGAAGGUUUUCUGUGCUUCCUGCUGUAGCCUGAAAUGUAAACUGUUAUAUAUGGACAAAAAGGAAGCUAGAGUGUGUGUUAUUUGCCAUUCAGUACUGAUGAAUGCUCAAGCCUGGGAGAACAUGAUGAGUGCCUCAAGCCAGAGCCCUAACCCUAACAAUCCUGCUGAAUACUGUUCUACUAUCCCUCCCUUGCAGCAAGCUCAGGCUUCAGGAGCCCUGAGCUCUCCACCUCCCACUGUGAUGGUACCUGUGGGAGUUUUAAAGCACCCUGGAGCAGAAGUGGCUCAGCCCAGAGAACAAAGGAGAGUUUGGUUUGCUGAUGGGAUUUUGCCCAAUGGAGAAGUUGCUGAUGCAGCCAAAUUAACAAUGAAUGGAACUUCUUCUGCAGGAACCCUGGCUGUGUCGCAUGACCCAGUCAAGCCAAUAACUACCAGUCCUCUACCACCAGAGACGGAUAUUUCUUUAUUCUCUGGGAGUAUAACUCAGGUUGGAAGUCCUGUUGGAAGUGCAAUGAAUCUUAUUCCUGAAGAUGGCCUUCCUCCCAUCCUCAUUUCCACUGGUGUGAAAGGAGACUAUGCCGUGGAAGAAAAACCAUCGCAGAUUUCAGUAAUGCAACAAUUGGAAGACGGUGGCCCUGACCCGCUUGUAUUUGUUUUAAAUGCAAAUUUGUUGUCAAUGGUUAAAAUUGUAAAUUAUGUGAACCGGAAGUGUUGGUGUUUCACAACUAAGGGGAUGCAUGCAGUGGGUCAGUCUGAGAUAGUCAUUCUUCUGCAGUGUCUACCAGAUGAAAAGUGUUUGCCAAAGGAUAUCUUUAAUCACUUUGUACAGCUCUAUCAGGAUGCUUUGGCAGGGAAUGUUGUGGGCAACUUGGGACAUUCUUUCUUUAGUCAAAGUUUCCUUGGCAGCAAAGAGCAUGGUGGAUUCUUAUAUGUGACAUCUACUUACCAGUCACUACAAGACCUAGUGCUCCCAACCCCACCUUACUUGUUUGGGAUUCUUAUCCAGAAAUGGGAAACUCCAUGGGCUAAAGUGUUUCCUAUCCGACUUAUGUUGCGACUUGGAGCUGAAUAUCGACUUUAUCCAUGCCCACUAUUCAGUGUCAGAUUUCGGAAGCCAUUGUUUGGAGAGACGGGGCAUACCAUCAUGAAUCUUCUUGCAGAUUUCAGAAAUUACCAAUAUACCCUGCCAGUAGUUCAGGGUUUGGUGGUUGAUAUGGAAGUUCGGAAAACCAGCAUCAAAAUUCCCAGCAACAGAUACAAUGAGAUGAUGAAAGCCAUGAACAAGUCCAAUGAGCAUGUCCUGGCAGGAGGAGCCUGCUUCAACGACAAGGCAGACUCUCACCUCGUGUGUGUACAGAAUGAUGAUGGAAACUAUCAGACACAGGCCAUCAGUAUUCACAAUCAGCCCAGAAAAGUGACUGGUGCCAGCUUCUUUGUGUUCAGUGGCGCUCUGAAGUCAUCUUCAGGAUACCUUGCCAAGUCCAGUAUUGUGGAAGAUGGCGUUAUGGUUCAGAUCACGGCAGAGAACAUGGAUGGCCUGCGGCAGGCACUGCGGGAGAUGAAGGACUUCACCGUCACCUGCGGGAAGGCUGACGCCGAGGAGCCCCAGGAGCACAUCCACAUCCAGUGGGUGGAUGACGACAAGAACGUCAACAAGGGUGUUGUAAGUCCAAUAGAUGGGAAGUCCAUGGAAUCUAUAACAAAUGUGAAGAUCUUCCAUGGAUCUGAGUAUAAAGCAAAUGGAAAAGUCAUCCGAUGGACAGAGGUGUUUUUCCUAGAAAAUGACGACCAGCACAAUUGCCUCAGCGACCCUGCAGAUCACAGCAGAUUGACUGAACAUGUUGCCAAGGCUUUCUGCCUUGCUCUCUGUCCCCACCUGAAGCUCCUGAAGGAAGAUGGAAUGACAAAACUGGGACUACGUGUGACACUUGACUCAGACCAGGUUGGCUAUCAAGCAGGGAGCAAUGGCCAGCCCCUUCCCUCGCAAUACAUGAACGAUCUGGACAGCGCCUUGGUGCCGGUGAUCCAUGGAGGGGCCUGCCAGCUCAGUGAGGGCCCUGUCGUCAUGGAACUCAUCUUUUAUAUUCUGGAAAACAUCGCGUAGACAGCAAGGACUUCAUUUUUUCCUGUUCAUACCUGUUGCAACAGCAGUCACACCCAAAUCAUUUGCACUUUAAAACUGGAAGAUUAAGCUUUUGUUAACUCUAUUAAUGGGGUGGGGGGGAUGGAGUGGGGGAGGAUUAGGGAGCAGGGGUGGGAGAGGAUAGCUGGGGAUCCUGUUCCAUAAUUCUAAGUCUUCUAUGCAUUGUCCACCAAGAAGACCCGGGCAGCUUCUGGUAUACUGCACAACAGUUAUGCUAUCUUUGCAGCUAACCCCCUUCUGUUAUGGUUUAGACAAAAAUUCAGCUCCUCUUCUAAUUCUUACUUAUGGUCAUGUGCUCAGAAAUGCUCAAAUGGGUACAACCAUCACCAAGGGUUGGGUGGGAGGGCAGAGGGAAAAUAAAAAAUGAAGCAUCAUUGUUGCAGUCUUUGUACACAAUUGGGA